AUGUUACAUGAAGAACAAAAAUUCCUGUUACUUGUCAAGAGACCGAUAAUCUCAUUAGUUGUAGACGAUCCAGCACUGGUUCAGCAUUUUCACAGUGCUGCUAAUGCAGGUUGCUUAGAGUUCAUUUAUUUGAUUAUGGAAAUUUCCAAUUCACCUGCAUGGCAGACGCCAAACGAAGACCAUAUUUCAAUUGACAUCAGGGUCAAGGAAAGCCUUCGCAAUGCAAACGAGAAGGCAUUCAUCCCUGACAAAGUUUCAAUUGGUCCAUACCGCCAUGGCAAGCGAGGAUUGGAAGCCAUGGAACAGCACAAGUGGCGCUACGUUCAUGCACUCCUCAACCGAAGGCCAAACCUGGAAGCAUCCCUCGAUGAUUGUCUCACGGCCUUAAGGAGGUGGAACAUAGAGCAUGCAUGCUGUGAAGAAGAGAGCAGCUUCGCAACUGAUGAAUUCCUGCAAAUGAUGUUAGUCGAUGGCUGUUUCAGCUUUGAAAUGUUCCUCAAGUACUCUACAUUGAGUUUAAGACGCCGCAAUGAUCCUGUAUUCACCACUCCUGGAAUGCUCUUCGAUUUGAGAUCCAACAGGAUGUUAUUAGAAAACCAAAUUCCAUUGUUCAUUCUUCUAAGACUAUAUGAAGUGGUUCAAUUCCUAAACAAUGCACUCAUUUCCUCACCGAGCUUGCCUUCCAAAGUCUCUUCAGGAAUCUCAUUGCACGUACUGGAGCAUUUUUCAAGUGAUACUGUGCAAAACAUAACCUCCUACGUUUUUUUCAUGAAAAACCUAUUUAGCAGUGACAAAGAUGUGAAGUUACUUCAACAAAGAAACAUUCUAACCAACUAUGAUUCCACUGAGAAAGAGGUUGCCAGACUGUUUAAGAAGCUAUUUGAGGAGGUGAAUUUGAACGAAUCUUCUUAUGAUGGGCUGUUUGACCAAGUGGAGGAGCAUAAAGGCACCAGGACGACUUAG